AUGGGUAAAGAGGUGAGGAUGGGUUGUCCUGCGUGGAUGUUGGCUCUGGCUGUGCUGUGUGCAAGAGGCUCAGAGGUUAGAGCUCAGUGCUGGGAGAACACUGACUGCAGAGAUCUCAGCUCUGACAAAAAUAUCCUGGAAUGCAUCAAGUUGUGCAGAUCUGAGCUUACAGCAGAGUCUCCUAUCUACCCUGGAGAUGGCCACCUCCAGAACAUCUUGCACAUGCCCAAUGAAAUCUCUGCUGCAACUCUUUCCACUCCACAAGAGGAUGAAGCUCCAGAGUCUGGUCCACAACACGAAGACAAGCGCUCCUACUCCAUGGAACACUUCCGCUGGGGUAAGCCUGUGGGUCGCAAGCGGCGGCCCAUUAAGGUGUAUGCCAACGGGGUGGAGGAGGAGUCAGCUGAGGCUCUUCCAGCAGAGAUGAGGCGUGAGAUAGAUGCUGUUGAAGACAGCACCAUCAGCCAGCAAGAGAAGAAAGACGGACCCUACAAGAUGAAUCACUUUCGCUGGAGUGGCCCGCCCCCCAACAAACGCUAUGGAGGUUUCAUGAAGUCUUGGGAUGAACGCAGCCAAAAGCCACUGCUCACACUUUUCAAGAACAUCAUCAACAAAGAUGGACACCAGAAGAAGGACCACUGA